CUGUUCUCAACCGUGAGCACGAAAUCUACUUUUGAUAGCGGUGAAGUUUUGAAGUAUGGUCAUUGAAACCGGCGCGUGUAAUUUGUGUCAUUGUAGCAGCGUCGUGGAAGCCAAUUGUGCUUAAUAAACUGCCAAAUAUGUCUGCAGCAAACAAGACUCAGAAUGCUGAUCACAAAGAGAAGAAGAGAAAGGAGAGUAUCUUGGAUCUCUCCAAAUAUCUAGAAAAAAAUAUAAGAGUCAAAUUUGCUGGAGGUCGAGAAGCUGCGGGGAUUCUGAAAGGAUAUGACCCUCUUUUGAAUCUUGUCCUUGACAACACUACGGAAUACCUCAGAGAUCCUGAUGACCCAUACAAAUUGAAUCAAGACACACGCAUGUUGGGUUUAGUCGUGUGUCGAGGCACGUCGGUCGUUCUUAUAUGUCCGGUAGAUGGAAUGGAAUCCAUACAGAAUCCUUUCAUUCAACAGGACGGUUAAGAUCUUUUGAUUAACUCAAAAGUCUCAUUCAAAACUAACUUUUUUCCACCAGAGAGCCCUUGCAAAGCUUGGCUUGCUCAACGUUUGAAAAUCAGUGAUUUAGGCCAGAUUGAAUCGAGAGAGUAUCUUAGGAGGGGAAAAAGUACAAGUAAAUUAUGUAACUCAUACAAUCCAAUUUAUUUUCACGUUCCAGAACAAGGUAAUGAAUAUCACUCUUGUUGAGUAUCUCGGUUCACUAAUAUUUCACCACUAUACAUAUGUUUAAACGUAUAAGUUAUUGCUCGUAAAAAUAAAUAUUUUUUUUCCUAUAA